CCUAGCUUGUUCAGCUGAGUUUCCUCCUCCUUGGCAUCAGGUUCAUGGGGGAGAGGGUGGGGGAGUUCACUUCUGAGCCAGUAACACAAGCAGCUCACAGCAACUUUCAAACUCGGCUUUCCGGAACUGCAGAUGACGGAGGUGCUCUGACGCCAGAUGAAGAGCUGAUUCUUGGCUACAAGACUUACCAGGACAGUGUCAGACAGAAGAAACUGGGAGAGCGACAAUGCCUGGGAAAAGGAGCAGAGGUAUCAGCAGGGAGGAUGACAGCAAAAUCGCUUUCACCAGAGCUGCUGAAACUGCCAAACUGCUUCAGCAUGAGUGCGCCCUCCUUCUGGAGCUCUAUAGGAAACGAGAACACUUCCCAGUGGAAGUGGCUGAUGGCACUCAAGUGUCUGUGCCUCUUCCCUCGUCCCAACUGGACACCGGGUCCAAGCUGUGGCGCCUCCACUCUGCUCUGCUGCAGUGCCGCGCCUUGCUAGAAAGAGCCAUUGCCAGAGAGGACGAGGAGCUGGGUGAUGGAGAAAAAGGUGAGUAUGAGGAAAGGAGAGAGAGGAUGAAGAACAGGUUGUCGUACCUUUUAAACCACACUGAGAAACUCCUUAAAGCUACUGAUGGAAACAUCUUGGCUCCUGACUUGGAGGGUUUGGAGUUAAAUGGUCCGAAUGUUCUGUUCAAGCUGAAGCUGUGGGUGUACCGCAUCUACAGAGACGUGGAACACUGGUCCAAAGUAGCCGUCACCCUCUUGAAUGAGCUAUCGUCUGAGAAUCCCAAUGAGCGACAGAGGUUAAUGCGGAGCACAAGAGGGAGAGUGGAAUCUGGUUCAAAGAGAAGAAAAUGGAAAUGAGGAAACUAAAGAAAAAAACCAGCAGAUAAAGAGAGGAUAUAAGAUUUUUUUAUUUAUUUUCAGAUGCCUUAAAGAAAGAUUUUUAGAACAAGUUCUUUAUUGUUAAGCUCGAAUAAUUAGAAGAUGGUGAAAAAGUUAGUUUAUUUCAGUAAUUCUACUUAAGAAGUGAAACUAAUAUACAGGAUAGACUCGUUGCAAAGCCGGAUAUUUUAGGCCUUUAUUGUUAUGACUGAUGAUUGUGGCUUACAGCUGAUGAAAACCCCACAUUUAGAACCCCAGACAAUUAGAUUAUUGUGGAAAAGGUUCAAUAGUGUCACGCUCUAAUCAGCUAAUGAAUCCAAAACACCCACAAAGCGUUCCUGAGCCUUUAGAUAGUCUCUCAGUCUAAGCUUAAUUACUGAAAUAUUAUAUAAUUUUCUACUUUUUGGAGUUUUAUUUGCAUGACUUACUUACAUCCAUCUACUUAAUUAUGUUAAACGAGAAAACCUGACAGUACUCAGAACAUUAAGGCAGUUGCACUUUCUUUUUUUAGUCUGAAAAAGACACAUUCCUUAAAAAACAGGAGCAUUUUAAUUUGUAGGCAUGGAGGUUUUAAAGCUACUCCACACCAAGGGCACCAAAAUACAUGUUAUAGUGCCCUCUAGUGUUCGUUUAGCUUGUUGCUAUUUCCUCAGUCACUUAUUUUCAUCCUGUCUUUACUUAUGAUAUUUUAUAUUUAUGGAACUUUAUUAACAAUGCAAUCAGUGUAAGACUGUAGAAGAAACAGAAUGUGAAAAGCAAGAGUCUGCAAAAAAGUUGAUCAUGAAACUAUUUUAAGGUAGAAAUCAUUAGAUUUAAAAAAGUUUUCCUUGACCUUUACAGUAAGAUUCAAUCCUGACGGGUUAAAACAAACUAAAAACAAGUGAUGUUUCAGACUUCAUAAUAAAAUAAUCAACAAAGCAGCUUCAGAAACUUCAGCUACACACAUGAAUUGAAUCAGAGGUGACUCUCACACACUGCUGCUACCUGCCAGUCGUAUCUGGGCAGCAGCUCUAAUUAAAUUAGCCUCAGCCAAAGAGUCCGAUUGUCUUUAAAAAUGCAUGAGGCCUUGGUGUACGAGAAGCAGAUGAUGUGAAUGGGUUGGAAUCCUUUUAGAGAAGAUCUGAUGACAAGAUGAUGGAGGAACAUCAACACUUCCUUUAGUUGAAAGCAAAGACAAUUGAUUGGGACCAUUUAUAUUUGAACUGUUUUGUUGUGGAUUGAAGUUUUGGGGUUUGUUUUUUGUUUAUUGUGCACUGGAAGCAUUGAUUUUUACUGUAGCCAAUUCUAAAUGCUGGUUUUGGACAUAAACUUGAUGUAAUUAGCUCAAAUCAAGAGAGGCCUCUAUGGUUGUAUAGAGCUUCACUGGAAACACACUAAAGGCUGAAACUGUGUUUUGUUUUAUUAAUAUUCACACCAGUUUCUGAUUCUUUGUCUUUUUUUUUAUAACCAAAAUUUAUUUUAUCCUUAGAAACAAAAAAAGUUUAUUUUUAAAUUAACAAGAUGAAUAUAAUGCAAAAGUGAGUUUCUUGCUUCCAUCAUUGUGAUGAUUUUAGUUAAAACCAGUUGGUGGUGUUAAAUAUGUUUUCUGUUUAUUUAUUUUGUAUUUGUCAAUCAUGUUUCUAUAGUUUUGGGAACACCAUGAAACUUUUACAUAUUUUUAAACCAUUUUCUUGAACCAAUAUGUGCUAAAAAGACCAUUACAGGGUUAAUGAAACGUCACUCAGACCCCAACCACCCUCUGUGGCCAGAAAACUGCACUUGCAACUUCAAAGUUGCUGGUCCGGUCUGCUAGCAUGCCCGGUGCUGCAGUCUGCUCCCAGUAGGUUUUAGAUCAUGAACACAGCUGUUUUGUUUGAUUUAGUGAUGAAUCACUCCUGUAGACACUAAUGAAGGCUGGGGAGACACUUCAGCUUUCAGAUUUAGGUGUUAAAAAGACAAAUGCACAGCGAUGAGAUAAAUUUUGCUUUUGGUUCUGCUAAAUGGACAAUAGGGGGUGCUAAAAACAAGCAAAAACCAUCUAAUCUCCCUUUCAGUAAACAUAUUAUCUUUACUCGGGAAGAAUGUUUAUUUUUUACUCAUUAUCAUAAGAGCAUGAAAGGAAACAGGAGCUAAUAUCUUGAGAUAACACUAACAUAUCUCCAUGCAUCAUCUCAUCAUGCCAAGAUAAUGAGAGAAAUAAUGUCUAAAAAAUGUCAUUAUCUCAGUAUAACUCAUUCAUGAGAUAAUCAUCUUAUCCUAAGAUAAUAUGAUAAAAAUAUUGAUACGUGGAGAUAAAAUAAUGUAGGGUACUUAAAUAAUUUAUAGUUUUCAAAAAUUAGUUUUCGUUUCAAUAUAAAAUGUCUCCAUGUUUAAAUUUCUCCAUAAAAAUUUGAGUAAUGAUUUAAGAUAAGAUUAACUUGAAACGACUCCUUAUCUUGAGGUAAAGUAACUGUAUCCUUAGAUAGUACCAUUAUAACUUUCUAAGUUAUGUCCAAUAACUCAUUAUCUUGGGAUAAUCAGAAAAAGCUGAGCUUAAAUAUAUAAAAAAAAAACUUCUCAUGAUUGAGAGAUAAAGAUCUAAAGGUCCUGAGACAAGACUCUCCUGAGAUUUGAAAAAUGAUCAUGACACAACUCAUCCUGACAACAUAAAUAAGCCCCAAUCUACUUCUAGAUAAUGAGGUUAGCCUUCUAACCUAACCUUGUCAGUGUCCGCCCUGGGACUGGGAGAUUGGGGUUCAAAUCCCGGUUGGGUUAUGCUAAAGAUCCAAUGGGACCCAGUGCCUCCUUGCUUGACACCAGGGUUGGAUUGGGGGCCAAAUAGUUCCCGAGCGCAGCCACAGCUGCAGCUCACUGCUCCCCAUGGGGAUGGGCCAAAUGCGGAGAUGAAUUUCACUGGUGUGUGAUAACUAAUGCGACUUUUACUUUAACUUAAUCAUCAGUAAUUUGUUAUCUAAAGGUAAGAAAAUGCAUCUUUCAAGAAAAUGAUUAUUGUUACAGUGAGAUGACAUAAGAAGUCAUCACAUCAUCUUAUGGAAAUGAGAUAACUAACUCCUCAUCUUGAGAUAAGAGGAUCGUCUUCAUCUGCAUGCCUUUUUCACAUCUUCCUCACCUGUUUUCGUUUAAUCUGGCUAAAGAAACCCAGCAGCAGGUAGUUCUGGUGCUGGAGCGCACUCUCCAGCUUGUUUUAGUUUUUUCACUGAAUCAAUGGUUGAACCACUUGUUCACCAGGUUUUCAAGCGCUGCAGAAUCCUGUUAAUCACCCAAUGAUGAAAAUCAGGUGUGAAACAAGGAAACAGCUAUAACAUGCUGGAUAGCAGCAGUUGAGGACUAGGAUUACCGUACCUACCGCUGCUUUUAACAGUAUGAACAGGUUUGAUGAACUUCCUUUGAUAAAAAUAUAUUGAUUUGGUGAUGGGGUAAUUGUCAUUACCUCUUGCAGUUUUUACAUGAGCUACGUGUCUUUUGUUGUUCUUUAUUAAAGUGUUAGCAGUAAAUACCAACCAUGGAACCCAGACAGAAACAAUGAUGGCUAAAGCUGCUUUUUUUAUACAAUAUUCUGUUAAAUGGUUACAAGUUUUACAUGUAAAGUAAACGCAGAAAACAAAUUAUAAAAUCCACAUGUUUAUUGAUUAUUCUCAUUGUGGGUGCAAUGCUGGUUGCUUUUCAUUGUAAAUGUAAUUUUAUACAAAGCCUGCAGACAAUAAAAUGCAAGCUGUUGAUUGGAAAAUUAAUUUUCCAGAGUUUUUUUAGAGUAAAGAUUUUAUUUAUAUCUAUUUUAUUUUUAGAGGGGUGGUAGCCUGUUACUCUUUAUUUUAUUUUUCAUCCUUUAGAUUAGGACAUUUUUCUUAAUUUAAUAAUGCAUCCUACUUUUAUUCAGACUUGAUAUUCACUGGAUUUACAAGUUAUUUAAUAGAUGGGAAGAAUGUAUUUAUAAUUAGACAAAAAAGCUGUAUAAAUGUCUUAAUUAUUUAACUGUUAGACCACUUUAUGAAAGAAAGAUAAAAAUACGUUUAACAAUAAAAUAUUGGAAAGUUCAGUAAAUUCACUGUGAUGGUAAAUCAGUGUUUUCUUGUGUUUGUUACUGAUGAAAGUGUAUCUUUGUUUGAUGGCUUCAUAAAGUAAAAUAAAUGGAUUUAACAGAUUG